ACCAAAAUUUUUAGGAGAAUUAAAAUAUUAUUUUAUUUAUAUUCAAUUUUUAGGCGAAAUAUUAACUUAUUACGAUUUAUUUAAAAACUCUUAAUUUUUUCUAUCAAAUAAUUGUUUUUUUAUGUGAAAUAAAAGAAAGAAGUUGUUUACUAAAAUGGAUGAAAUAUCGCCAAGUGAAAUGCUUACUGAAUUAGAUCCUCUGAAUUUGGAUGCAGAGGACAAUAGUAACGACCAACGAAGUCAAAAUUCAUGCGAAGAAGAGGACGAUGAUUAUUAUGACGAUUCAGAUGAUUUUAACACUGAUGACAUAGAUGUAGCUAAUGAACCAAUACCUUUGAAGGACUUAAAACAAUAUGAAAUUCCUGUUGGGGAAAUAAUUUAUUGUGUGGAAAGAGAUUUUAAAUUUGAGUGCAUGUAUUGCUCAAACAUUUAUGAUAAAUUUAAUUUGUUAUCCGAACAUAUUACGGAAAUGCACUUUCCUUUUAAUUUCAUCCCAACAAAAAUUCUUCGUCGGCAGAAUGCAGGAGAAAUAAAAUGUGGAAAAAUAUUAAUGUCUGAGAUUUGUAUGUUUGUUCAUGUUUGCUUUUUAUGUCAGGAACAGUUUGAUGACAGCAAAGCUUUUUUUCAUCACAUAUUAGAGAAUCAUCUUGGAGCGGAUGGAAUUUUAAAAGUGCACUACAAAGAACGUAAUCGCGAGCCAAAUUAUAAUUACAAUAACGGCGUAACAUCUAAACCAAAACAAGAACCACUAACUUAUCCUGGAGAUGAGGAUGAUGAGGAUAAACCAUGCAAAUGUCAAUUUUGCAAUAAAGGCUUUAAGAGAGAUUCAGAUCGAAAACGUCAUGAAAGAAUUCAUACAGGUGAAAAGCCUUACAAAUGUGACAUAUGUGACAAGGCAUUUACACAAAGUGGUACAUUAAAGGGACACAAAAGAACACAUUUUUUUCAAAAGUUUAGACAAUAAACAACAAGUAUAUAUAUGUAUAUACAUACAUAUGUUCAUAUAAUUUUAAAAUGUUCGUAUUCUAUAUGCUAUGUACAUAUACAUAAGUAUUUCAAUCCAGUGAAAGUAUAUUAUUCCGGAAAUUUUCUUAAAAGCAAGUUUUGUACUUAAAGUUAGAAUGAAUGAACAUUUCAUAUGGAUAUGACUGCAAGUCCAAUUUAUUUUUACAUACAUACAUACAUGCAUAAUGUAUACUUAAGCUAUUUUCAUAAAAACUUAUGUAUGUAUGUUAAUUAAAAAAUUGAUGAACAAUUGAGGACAUAUGUAUGUAUUACAAGUUACGGAUUUUACAUCAAAUAACAACAUACAUAAUAUGUACAUAUGUACAUAUGUAGUAACCUAUGUACAUUAUUAUUAGAUACUUGUAGGCAACUAUGAAUGGAAAUUAGAAAACAAAAACCGCAUCCAGCAAUUGUAUUUAUAGUAAAAACUUCAAAAAGAGAUCCUUGCUUUUGUAUUAUAAAAAAACAAAUCAGCUUAAUGUUAAAAAAUCAGAGUUUGAAAUGAAAUUGUUGUAAAUUGUAAGAAUUAAUUUUUAAUAAUGACUGAUUGUAUAUUUUAAGGAUAAUUAUAUCGCUAGAAACAAAUUUAUAAUUAAAAUGGAAAUUAAAAAAUUUAAUACCUUUCUAACAAUGUAGCUAAAAUUUAAAGAAUGGCGCCCCUACAUAAAAUUUAAAGAUUAUAAUUUUACAAAUACAUAAUAGCAAAUUGUCAACUUUGACAUGAUGGCAAAUGUCAAAAUCUCGGGGUGUACUAUUUCAUAGACGACAUAGUCCCUUUUUAUCACUUCAGUAUAAUACAAUGCUUUUAAGAAUUCAAGAUUUUUUAGUUUAAAUGUACGUAAAAUAGAAAAAUAUACGAAGUUAGUAGUUAUAGAAAUUAUUUAAUUAUUUAAUUGUAACACCGCGAUGUCUAAUAAUGCUACCAACUUAGAAACAUUUAUGGCCUUUUUAAGGUUAAAUGACUUGGUUAUUUUUUUCAUCACGCCAAUAACGCCACUAAUAAUAAUAUAUGUAGGUGAUAAAGUAUUUAAGGUUUCCUAAGAAUGCAAUAAUGGCUUAAUUUUUAUUAACGUUUCUAAGUAGACCUACCGCUUUCUAAUCUAAUUAGUGUACUAUGCUUUCUAAUAUUAUUAGUGUAAUGGGCACAAUACCUAUUUAUACAUAUGUAUGUAUAUGUAAUGUUCUUGUGAUUGUGUGUUUCAAAUAGAAGAUUGCAUUUAGCAUCACAAUGUAAACAAUACAUACUUGGUAAUCGUAUGGAUUACAGUAUAACGCAAUGUGAAGAACAAUUCGUCCACAAUUUUUCCGUACCUCUGUAGUUCAGUUGGUAGAGAGUCCGCCUAGAAAGCGGUAGAUCACUGGUUGGGAGUCCAGUUUGAAGAGAAAAAUUUUUUAAUUUUUGUGCCUUUAACUCGUUAAUUUGAUUACGUUAUCCAUCUGUUCUGCAGUUGUAUGAAGAAAUUUCCAUUGAGUGCUAAUAUGUUAACCGCCCUUCGUAACUUGACUCGACAUUGUCAAUCUAACCUUAUCUUAGAAUAGAAAAAGCUAUAAAUAAUUCUAUAAUCUCAGAAAAAAUACCAAAAGGAAAUCAAUACAAGUUCAAUAAAACUGUAUUUUUAAAAUUAAACCCAAAAAUUAUACAACAAUAAUUGCAUUUUCA